UCUCCAAAACCCAGAUUUCUCCCUGUUUUCUUUUUGUUAAGGUAUUAUUGUUGAGUAAGUGAGCAAAACAAAGGGAAUGGCGAAUAUAGACAUUGAUGGAAUCUUGAAGGAGCAACCGAAUGACGCUCGUAUCCCCAGAACCAAAAUCGUGUGCACUCUGGGUCCAGCAUCACGAUCGUUGCCCAUGAUCGAGAAGCUGCUGAGGGCCGGGAUGAACGUUGCUCGCUUCAAUUUCUCUCAUGGCAGCCAUGAGUAUCACCAGGAGACCUUGGACAAUCUCAGGGCUGCUAUGCAUAAUACUGGCAUUCUCUGCGCCGUGAUGCUUGACACCAAGGGUCCUGAGAUUCGAACUGGAUUCCUGAAGGAUGGGAAACCUGUUCAACUUAAGGAGGGCCAAGAAAUUACUAUAACUACUAAUUAUGACAUCAAGGGAGACGAGAAUAUGAUCUCCAUGAGCUACAAAAAGUUGGCUGUUGAUCUGAAACCGGGAAACACCAUUUUGUGUGCAGAUGGUACGAUCACACUGAAAGUGUUGGCCUGUGAUCCUUCUGCUGGAACCGUGAGAUGCCGGUGUGAGAAUACUGCUAUGCUUGGUGAGCGGAAAAAUGUCAACCUUCCCGGUGUUGUGGUGGAUCUUCCAACGCUCACAGAAAAGGAUAAGGAAGAUAUCUUAGGAUGGGGAGUUCCCAACAGUAUUGAUAUGAUUGCUCUUUCAUUUGUGCGCAAAGGGUCUGAUCUUGUUAAUGUCCGUAAGGUUCUUGGUUCCCAUGCAAAGCAGAUUCAAUUGAUGUCGAAGGUUGAGAACCAGGAGGGUGUCGUCAACUUCGAUGAGAUUUUGCGUGAGACUGAUGCAUUUAUGGUUGCACGUGGUGAUCUCGGAAUGGAGAUUCCGGUGGAGAAAAUCUUCCUAGCCCAGAAGAUGAUGAUAUACAAGUGUAAUAUAGCAGGCAAGCCAGUUGUUACUGCCACUCAAAUGCUUGAAUCUAUGAUCAAGUCUCCAAGACCAACCCGAGCUGAAGCUACUGAUGUUGCUAAUGCUGUCCUUGAUGGUACGGAUUGUGUCAUGCUCAGUGGUGAGAGUGCUGCUGGGGCAUAUCCGGAGCUUGCUGUAAAGAUCAUGGCUCGAAUUUGUAUCGAGGCAGAAUCCUCCCUUGACUACGAUGCAAUCUUUAAAGAAAUGAUCCGAUCAACUCCGCUUCCGAUGAGCACAUUGGAGAGUCUCGCAUCGUCUGCUGUACGAACAGCUAACAAGGCUAAAGCCAAACUCAUUGUCGUUCUAACUCGUGGUGGAACAACAGCCAAGUUGGUUGCCAAGUACAGACCGGCAGUUCCAAUCCUGUCUGUGGUUGUCCCUGUAUUGACAACUGAUUCAUUCGAUUGGACCUGCAGCGACGAACGGCCGGCAAGACACAGUCUGAUAUAUAGGGGCUUGGUUCCUAUACUGGCAGAAGGCUCAGGAAAGGCAACCGAUGCCGAAUCCACCGAGGUUAUCUUGGAAGCCGCACUAAAAUCAGCUAUGGAGAAGGGGUUAUGCAAACCUGGUGAUGCGCCGUUGUACUUCACCGGAUCGGUGCUGCUUCAGUUAUUAAGAUCUGCAUUGUGAAGUGAUGAUAUUUUAGAGUCUGCAGCAGCAUCCACCGAUGAACUUUUAAAAUGGCGUUUUGUUGCUUUCAUGAUCUUGUAUGCUUAUUAUAUAGUUAUUCUAAGCUAGAACUUUAUUAGUGGAAAAACUUGAUUGUAUGACCGGAAUCAUAUUGGUGGAGUUUUUAUCUUUA